UCAGAUUUCUAAUUCCUUCCUGUACUGAAACCCUCCAGAACACUCUCCCGCUUCCCUCUUUCGAAGUCUCAAAAACCCUCUCUCACUCUCUCUCUCUCUUAGGUUUUCAUUUCUCACUCUCAACUUCCACAUUUCAUACACUCUCACACACUCUCUCUCUCUCUCUCUAGGGUUAGGGUUUUUGCAACAAUGGCAUCACCAGCAACAGUCGCUCUCCCACGAUCCGGCUCCAAGACGGAGUCCUACGUGGACAACAAGCGCAAAGAAGACGUCAGGCAGUCCAACAUCCUGUCCGCCCGCACCGUCGCCGACACCGUCCGCACCAGCCUCGGCCCGCGCGGCAUGGACAAGAUGAUCUCCACCUCCUCCGGCGACGUCAUCAUCACCAACGACGGCGCCACCAUCCUCAACAAGAUGGAGGUCCUCCAGCCCGCCGCCAAGAUGCUCGUCGAGCUCUCCAAGUCCCAAGACUCCGCCGCCGGUGACGGCACCACCACCGUCGUCGUUAUCGCCGGCGCUCUCCUCCGUCAGUGCCUCUCUCUGCUCUCCCACGGUAUUCACCCUACGGUUAUCUCCGAUUCUCUACAUAAGGCCGCUCUCAAAGCCGUCGAUGUCCUCACCGCCAUGGCUGUCCCUGUCGAGCUCUCCGAUCGCGAGUCUCUCAUCAAGUCCGCUUCCACUUCUCUCAACAGCAAGGUCGUUAGUCAGUACUCCAGUCUCCUCGCUCCGCUCGCUGUUGAUUCCGUCCUCUCUGUUGUCGAUCCCGCGAAACCUGAUAUCGUCGAUCUCCGAGAUAUCAAGAUCGUGAAGAAGCUCGGGGGUACCGUGGACGAUACCGAGCUUGUGAAAGGCCUUGUUUUCGACAAGAAAGUGAGUCACGCUUCCGGUGGACUCACUCGUAUGGAGAAUGCGAAAAUCGCCGUCAUUCAGUUCCAGAUUUCGCCGCCAAAAACCGAUAUCGAACAGAGUAUUGUGGUUUCGGAUUAUGCGCAAAUGGAUAGGAUAUUGAAAGAAGAGAGGCAAUACAUUUUGGGAAUGAUUAAGAAGAUUAAGGCCACUGGCUGCAAUGUCUUGUUGAUUCAGAAGAGCAUUUUGCGUGACGCGGUGACCGACUUGUCAUUACAUUACCUCGCGAAAGCGAAGAUUCUUGUGGUGAAGGAUGUGGAGCGUGACGAGAUUGAGUUCAUCACCAAGACUUUGAAUUGUUUGCCCAUUGCGAAUAUCGAGCAUUUUCGGGCUGAGAAGUUGGGCUAUGCUGAUCUUGUGGAGGAGCUUCCUGUUGGGGAUGGAAAGAUUGUGAAGAUUACUGGGAUUAAGGAUAUGGGUCGGACUACAACUGUUUUGGUUCGAGGCUCGAACCAGCUGGUGCUUGAUGAGGCCGAGAGGAGUUUGCACGAUGCUCUGUGUGUGGUUAGGUGUUUGGUUAGCAAGAGGUUUUUGAUUGCGGGAGGUGGGGCGCCUGAGAUUGAGCUUUCGAGGCAGUUGGGUGCUUGGGCGAAGGUGCUGCACGGUAUGGAGGGUUAUUGUGUGAAGUCAUUUGCUGAGGCGCUUGAGGUUAUUCCCUAUACCCUGGCUGAGAAUGCAGGGUUGAAUCCAAUUGCAAUUGUGACUGAGCUGAGGAACCGACACGCCCAAGGGGAGAUCAAUGCUGGGAUUAAUGUGAGGAAAGGGCAGAUUACUAAUAUCUUGGAGGAGAAUGUGGUGCAGCCGUUGCUCGUGAGUACCAGUGCCAUCACACUUGCAACGGAGUGCGUGAGGAUGAUCUUGAAGAUUGAUGAUAUUGUUACAGUGAGGUAACUGGUAGUUUUGGUUGGAAUAUGAACAGCAUUGGAGGAAAAAUGUUGUCUUAUGUUAUUUUGUGCUUCUUUAGCUUGUGUUUUGUGUUCUAUUAGGAUUUUUAUAUUAAAGGAUUUUGACAUGCUUUAUUGCCAACUUUUUUUUUUCCUUUGAAUUUGGGAUGCAUGUUUCCUGGAGAUUUUGUUAGUCUAUAUUUGUUUAGUUUUGGUAAUUUAUUUUUCAUUGGAACUGGAACUCAGGAUGAUUCACGAAUGUGUUUACAAUUUACAUUGAAUUUUCUA